GGAGCAAUUGGAUAAUUUCGCCAAAACUUUCCAACCUCCACAAAGAAAAUGCUAAAAUGGAAUCAGGAAAACAAAAAAAAAUCAAUCUGAGAGGUUUCGGCUUUAUAAAACUGACGACGGUCUCACUAAUUCGAACUAUCUAAACUGGAAGAUUGGAGCUGAUGUUGGUGAUAUCCCUCCGGGGAACCACCAAGCCGUUUCCCCCACCUCGCCGCCCGCGUUCCAGGAUUAAUCCCGUCGGCUCAUUCCCUUGCCCUCCUAUAUCUGCUUCUGCACAUCCACCGGCACCAUGGCCUGAAAGAACACACGCCGUGACAUCACCGGAGAGGGUUACCAGAAAAGUGGACUCGGCGAAGCUGAAGAAGAAAGAAACAAAAGAGAUAAAAGAGGAAACGAACAGGAAAAUAGCAUCCCAGAAAGCAGUAUCAAUUAUACUGAGAAGGGAAGCCACAAAAGCGGUGAUUGAGAAGAAAAAGGGAAAUUCUAAGAAGCUAUUGCCUAGAACUGUUCUUGAAGCCCUUCAUGAACGCAUCACUGCCCUUCGUUGGGAAUCUGCUCUUAAGGUUUUUGAACUACUCCGGGAGCAGAUUUGGUACAAGCCUAGUGCUGCAAUGUAUAUCAAACUGAUGGUCAUGCUUGGAAAAUGUAAGCAACCUGAAAAAGCUAGCUCAUUGUUUCAACUGAUGAUUGAAGAAGGCUGUGUUGUGAAUACUGAAGCUUAUACUGCUCUUUUAUCCGCUUACAGCCGGAGUGGCAACUUCGAGAAAGCAUUUUCUCUCCUUGAAGAGAUGAAAUACACUCCCCACUGUCAACCAGAUGUCUUCACAUACUCCAUACUCAUAAAAUCAGUUGUGGAGGUUUUUGACUUUAACAAAGUAGAAGCUCUGCUCGAUGACAUGGCAUCACAGGGGAUCAGGCCCAACACAGUCACAUAUAACACCCUCAUUGAUGCCUAUGGAAAAGCCAAAAGGUUCGUGGAGAUGGAGUCGACACUCAUAGAAAUGCUCAGGCAGAAGAACUGCAAGCCUGACGUGUGGACCAUGAAUUCUACAUUGAGAGCCUUUGGUGGGAGUGGGCAAAUUGAAAUGAUGGAGAAGUGCUAUGAGAAGUUCCAGAGUUCUGGGAUCGAACCAAAUAUCAAGACAUUUAACAUACUUUUGGAUUCAUAUGCGAAAUCAGAAAACUAUGAGAAAAUGAGUGCGGUGAUGGAAUACAUGCAGAAAUAUCUCUUCAGGUGGACGCUUGUGACUUACAAUAUCGUUAUAGAUGCAUUUGGCAGGGCUGGCGAUCUGAAGCAAAUGGAAUUUUUGUUCAGGCUGAUGCAGUCUGAGGGGAUAAAACCAAACUGUGUUACUCUUUGUUCACUUGUUAGGGCAUAUGGUGAGGCGGGUAAAGCCGAAAAAAUUAGCAGAGUUCUGAGACUUAUUGAGAACUCAGAUGUGACACUCGAUACUGUGUUUUUUAACUGCCUAGUGGAUGCUUAUGGGAUGAUGGAAUGCUUCACAGAGAUAAAAGGCGUUUUGGAAAUGAUGGAGAGGAACGGAUGCAAGCCUGAUAAGGUCACCUACAGGACGAUGGUAAAAGCUUAUUCAUUGGCCGGAAUGACUAAACAUGCCAAAGAGAUCAGAAAUUUGCUUGCAUCUUUUGAGUAACAAUUCAUCGAGUAAAACAUAAAAGAUGCUUGGUGAUUCAAUUAAUCGGAAUGCAUUUCUCAUUUUGACAAUCUACUUUGUUGUCGGCGAUGUUGGGACUCCAUAUAUGAAUGUGUCAGCUCACCCCUGCCGGCCAGCCGGGAACACCUCCUGAGGAUUUUCCGAUUGGCUGGUUCUCUCUGGACUACAGCAGUCGGAGAAAUGGAGCUGUUGGAAGUUGGUUUUGGGAAAAAUCGUUGAUGGGAUGAGUGAAAAGUGAAGCUGAAGAAUACACAUCCACUGUGCCCUUCUCCUAUGAAAUUAUUGUAUUGUUGUAACAUUGAUUCACACGUCGGCACCUUUUAUUUUUUAUUUUUUUUAGAACUAAUGUUCAAACGCUUUAAAAUCAAAUCAAGAAAAAUGUUCAAUCAGAAAAGAAAAUUAAAAUAUUUUCAUUAAAGAAUUUUUGGG